AUGGAAGCUAUUAAACCUGCAUUUGAAGACCUGGCUUCUAAAGAAACUUUACAACAUGUACUUAAUGGAUCCAGCCAAAAUGCUAAUGAGUCAUUUCACUCAUUCUUAUGGUCCAUGGCUCCUAAGAACAGAUAUUGUAGUGGAACUAUUAUUGAUAUCUGUCUUGGGUUGGCUGUUAUGAUCUAUAACGACGGUUACUUAUCUAUCGGUGAAAUAUUACACGAACUAUUAGGUGAAAUGGGUCAUUUUUCUUAUGUUGCUUUUGAUCGCAUAAAUAAACAACGCGUACAAAAAGAAGCACAAUGGAGGAAGAGACGAGGACAACAAAUAGCCGGUGAUGAAGAUACUAAUGAUGAUGAAGAUACUGAUGAUGAUGAAGAUAAGAAUGAUGAUACAAUUGAAGACUAUCACUCUGGUGCAUAUUGA